AUCGAUAUAUGGUAUCGGAAAAUAAAAAAUACAUCGAUGCAGGAACGCCAUUGUAUAUUAACUUGGUAUUUUCGUGUUUAAAAAGUUGUGUUUUAGGAAGCAAUUCGUUAACAAUUUGACAAGUUAUCAGUGGAUAAUUAAUUAACUUCAAUCUUAAGUGCAAAAUGGCGCGUGCCCGGUCUCCCACCGCCGAGGGUGAAAAGGAAAAUAAAGAGAAAGAUGUUAAAGAGAAGGACGCAAAAGCCGCUACAUCCAAUUCAUCGCGCAGAGAGCGGGAACGCAAGCGCCGAGGAUCUGCUUCCUCCAGCAGUGACUCCAGCAGAAGUUCAUCCGGCAGCUCAUCAUCACGCAGCAGCUCUGGCUCCAACUCACGCUCUAGUUCGAGCAGCUCCAGCGAUUCGUCCAGCUCUUCUUCAUCAUCGUCGAGCGAUACCGAUCGCAGCGAGAAAACUAGACGUCGGGGUGGCGGAACCAGCGGUGGCGCAGCAGGCGGCAAAGAUGGAUCUCGCUCGCCGCGCAGAGCUACCAAAUCACCGCGUCCUAAUAGCAAGGUGCGCAAGGAAUCGGACCGCGAACGUGAUCGCGAUCGUGUUCAGCGUAGUCGCACUCGUUCAAGAGAUCGUGCACGCCGCAGUUCCAAUGAUCGCAGUGGUGUUGCAGGCGGUGGCGAAUUGAAUAACGUGAAACGUGAACGCUCCCGCUCGGCCAGUCGCUCACGAUCGCCCCGUCGUCGUGGCGGUGGGCGUGGAACCGUCGAUCGCACACCGCCGCCCAAGAGACGCGAUCGUUCACGUAGCCGUAGUCGCACCCGCUCACGCUCACCCACGCCGAAGCCAGUGCGUAUCCACGUUGGAAGACUCACCCGGAAUGUGACAAAGGAACAUGUAAUGGAGAUCUUUAGCAGCUUUGGCACAAUCAAGAAUGUGGAAUUCCCAACGGAUCGUUAUCAUCCCAAUUUUGGACGUGGCAUGGCCUAUGUAGAAUAUGCGACGGCGGAGGACUGCGAGUCGGCUAUGAAGCAUAUGGAUGGCGGCCAGAUUGAUGGUCAGGAGAUCACUGUGUCGCCAGUGAUCGUUCCAAAGCAGCGACCGCCCAUACGACGACCGUCGCCACAGAUGCGGCGUCCACAAGGUGGACGCUGGCGCUCCCCGCCGCAGUUUAAUCGCUUUAACAAUCGCGGGGGCGGUGGAGGUGGGGGUGGCGGACGACGCAAUUCGCCCCCUCGCGGCCGUCGUUCUCCGCGUAGGCGUUCACGUUCGCCCAUUCGCCGCCGGCGUCGUAGCAACAGUUCUGACAGUUCCCGUUAAAGUGAAUUUAGUAAAAAAAUAAUAAUUUUAAUUAUUAUUGGAAAAACAGAAGCGCAGAAAAACAAUAACAA